AUGAACGUUGCCGUGAAAGUACAGGAUGACGUGUCCACAGCUCCGGACGAUGAUGUCGCCGCUGGGAGCACCUUGAACUUGGGCGAGCGCUUCAAGCAAACCAACAAUCACAUUCCGAUUCAAACAAGCGGCGGAAUGGAGGAGGCCGACUUUUACACGGUUCAAGUUCAUUUCAAUCGGGGCUGGAAGUUGCUGCUCCUUGGUCUCACGCAGGCAGAGUCGUUUGCACGAUACAUCGAUAUGUGCUCAUUACAUAUCGCUUUGCCAUCGAUCAAUGACACUCUCCUCGACUCGACCACACGAGAGAGUCUUAUCAGGAUCUUGAUCAAUCUCGUAAACUCAGAUGAGCGUUUUGAGAACCGCCUUAAAGCCGUGUACCUUCUUGGAGAACUCGGCCAUUAUCUAGGGAGGGCUUUCAAGCAAAUGAUCACCAAAAUUCUUGAAAUUCAGAUCUACGAAAAGGAACGCAUGGGAAUGAACGAUUCAUCGCGUUUCACUGACGAAAACAGAGCUUUCAAGAUUCAUCUGCUGCAUUCAAUCGGACGACUUUCAACCAGUCUCCAGUACCAGCCAAAGCAUUUCGAGGAUAUGGUCAUUUAUAUUAUCCACGAAGAAUUUUCUCAGGGCGACAACAAACCCAAAGUGAUCCGUUCUAAGGCUGAUGGAAAGCGGCAGGACUCUGGCGCCACAUUUGUCAUAAGAGCUCUACUCGGAAUCUUGAAUAAUGAUAUCAAAAAAACAGAGGCGAAUCAAAACAACUGGUUCCCAGUCGUCUAUGAGGAUGCAAUUCUCUUGGGGAUCGAAAACAUGAUAUCGGGUCUCAAGUCUACCAAGGAUAUUGAUGUUCCUAACUUCAACGCCUUGUUGUGGGAACAGGAACUUAAAGUUUUGAUGAAGAAACGCCUGGCGGCUGAGUCGCGUCGGGCCCUUCGGGCAAAGUUGCUGAGACAAAUGCUUCAAAUCCCUGGGACCUACUGCAAGCUGCAUCCAGUCCAGGAUUAUCCUGGAUUCUUCGCCGAGGAUUCAGCUACUCUGAUCCACACAGAAAGUAUCGUUGUCAGCCUGCCUGUCAAUCCUCUAUCCAACAUCAUGAUCACAUGUCCGUUGCCGCAGAUUCCUGGGAUCCCAAAUGGAGCAACCACUGUGCCCUAUCCAUUCAUGGAUCAAUCUGCUCAGGAUAAGCUUAACAAACCGCCAACCCACAAAUACGAGUAUUUGGAGCGCACCGGCCGAGUUCCUGGCCUACCAUUUGGAUUUACCUAUGCCCCUGGUCCCUUUACUGAAGUUAAAGCUCCACAUGCUGAAGGCACAGACACAAAGGGCGGCGACAAUGAGAAAAAAUCUGCAACCUUGCAAAAUUCGCUCAAGAUCCUCAGAAGAGUUUCGAUAGUUGCUGGGACGAUGGGGGCUCUUCGCAGAAGCUCCACAGUCAAAGGCCGUCCCUCCAUUUCGGAGGAAUCUCGGGAUGAAUGCCAUUCCGUCGAGAGUAGUCUUCGAGACGAAGGCGACCUGGAGCGAUCUGUCGUUCCGGCCGUACCUUACCUUGCCAUAUGCAGAGGUCUAAAGGCCGGAGGCACAUCCAGUGAUUUUCUGGUCAACGGUCCCGUCAUCUUUGACAUUAUUCAGCCCAGAACCCAGAAGUUGCAGAGGGUGUUCACGACUGUACUCAGUAUCAACAAAGAACUGUCGGCGAUUCAUGUCCAGAACAGUACCAGCAACUCCAAUGUUCUGGAAAUAGGUGCAACGUUCAAUAUCUUUAUUAGAUCACGAGCCGAUCCGGAUAAAUGGGUAUCCGUCAACCUAGAAGUCAUCGACGACGACUAUGAUGACGUUCCGGUUGACGCAUCGAAUGCUUCGGAAGUCGCUACAAAGGCGGCAAAAGUGCCCAGUGACCGGUUGUUUCACUUCCCCAUACCGUCGGGCUAUAGUGGAACUAACGAGCCAUAUUUUGCACCGCCCUUGAAUCUACCUCCUUUCCCUAUCGGGUACACCGCGAACCGCAUCCCAUUUUAUGGAAAAACGGCGAGCAUCAAACCCAUUCCAGCUGGAAUGACAAACUUUGGAACCCGAUUUUACAUCGAAGGGCGGUCCACACCAAAUGACUCGGCCAAAAAUCUCGUUGCCGGCUACGAUAAUAGUGGUUUCCCCAUAUUCCUGCCGAGGGGUUGCAACCUUCCAUCGCCCUCGGGAUUCACUCCGGAUGGAAUCGCCUUUUACGACAUUCCAUCCAUGAUGCAGCAACGAGGAAUAAUGGUCCUCCCAGCCUCACUGAGCAUUCAGGCAACGUGGCCAUUGCUGGGUAAGAGUGCUGAGCCCGAGUCGCCCGAUGCAGACGCUGGGCAAAGGCAUGAUAUUCUGCAGAAGAAGCAUCAGGAACGACUUCGAAAUCUUGUCGUCUCCCUGGAGUCGUCUAUGACCCAAGUUAGCGGCCACUUUCUUCGCGGUAGUCAGAGGCCAGUAGGCGAUCUGAACAGGGUCUCACAAUUCAAUCGGGUGCGACAGCAAGACGAAGACUGUGGGACCGAAUAUCUUGAGGAUCCCGACGACAUCAUUGGAUUCCUCCGAGAGAGCGAAGACACAGGUUACCUCAAAGCGCAUGGAAUGAAGGUUAUGAUCGAUCCAGACAUACUCAAGUUCCAAAGCGUCCACGCGCCUGUCACCAACAGUACGGUUUUGCGCUAUCGUGCGGGUCGCGGCGACCAUGAAGAGCGCGAUUUCUUUGUUUCCGUCGAGCCGGUCGACAUAUUUUCGGUCAAAUCAUUCCAUUUCCGCCUUCAAGGAGAAGGUGUACUCGAAAUGGCAGUAUCAUUCAAUCCCAAAGCGAUGAAAGCGGACCAGGUCGAUGGCUCUCUUCACCUCAUCGACGACUCUGGGAGGAAGCUUGCCAUGUGCCGACUGGUUGCCCUCAAGCAGAGCUUUGUUCGAGUCUCGCCGCUUUCCAUCGAUGCAGGCUGGAUCCUUCCGGAGAGGCGCAAAGAGAGCAUUCUCAAGAUUGAGAAUGUAUCUUCUGGCGCUGUCAGCAUCAAUUUACGCAUGCAAAGCGAUGCAGCCACCACCAGCGGGACCCCGCAAGCUCCCAGUCGACCUCAAACGUCCAGAAGCGGACCCUUUAGCGUUGCACUCAAGACACUCAAACUUCAGCCGUAUGAACAAAAGUCUGUCCCGAUCUCGUUUGAGUCAGCCAGCCUCGGUCGGUGCAGCGACGUGCUGGAAAUUCAUUCGCCUGGAGGCGACAUGAUCAAGGUUCAGCUCGUGGGGAUCGCCGGAAUCCCAAUUACCUUGUAUCCCGAGGACGCCGAGAGCUCCAUGGCCGGCGCAGCCGCAUUGACUCGCGAGCGAUGCGAGUUUAUGCGAAAAUUCCAGCGAGGCGACUCCAAAGACAAGCCUCAUCUCAAUUUGUCUCCGACCGAUACGGCCAUCUUGAAAAACAUGAUGUCGGCCACGUCCGAUCAAGAAUCCCGACGCGAGGCGCACACCUUGGAUUUUGGAAUAUCGCCCAUGGAUUCACAUGUGCAAAUGAGAUGCCUAACAUUGAUGAAUCUUUCGGAUGUCUCCAUCACCGUCGGGCUCUACUGCCAGCAUCCGGCCAUCAAAUGCCCAUAUUUGGUCCGCAUAGCCCCUCGCAUGGCCAACACCGUCGAAGUUGUGUUGAGCAUGGCGAGUUCGCUAGCCGGCCGUGCCACAGGGAAUAUCAAGACCAUCAUCGAGGUUAUUUGCCCAGAGUUUCAAAAUAUUCCGCUGACAGUCCGAGCAUUCAUUGGCCAGCCACUGUAUUUUCCAUCAUGGGAGCUGGCCUUCUUCAAGCCCGCACGCAUCGGCGACACCGAAUCGGUCACAUUGUUCCUCAUCAACGAGUCGCAGUACAACAUCAGUUUCAUAGCUCGUGGAAUCGAAGCCCCACCACCCGACUCGAAUCAGAACUUUAUUAUUUCAUCCAUAUCGACAGAUGAAGCAUCGCCUUCGCUCAUCUCUCCAGUUUCGGCUAUACCUGUGACGUUUGUGUUUAACGCUCGACAGCGGGGACCACUUCUCCAGUCAGUCAGAUUCAAACUUCUCACGCCGUUUGAACUAGAAAGUCCAAGUGCCAUGUUUGGGAAACCGCUCUCGCUUGUGGGAAUCUGUGUUGAACCGUACAUCCAUCGACCCGGAGAGCUCCCAGAUAAAAACGGCAUUGAUUUUCUCAGAAUGUGGAUGUCGCACCCCAAACGCGUGCUGGAUGAGUAUCCAUCGCCAGAGGAGAUGGCCCAAAGGUUUGACCUGCAGCCGGUUCUCAAGCCGCUUUCACGCGGGUCGAUGGUUCCGUAUACUCCACCCGCCGGAAGUAAUCAAACCACGGCUUGCGCCACUUACUGCGAGGCCGUCUUCAUUCGCGACAAUAUCGAGUUCAAGAUGGGCGCCAAACUCGUCGGCCAGUCCGACAACUUUCGGAGAUCUCAGCUGCAGCCCGUGCCCGUCAAAAACCGAAGCAACCAUGAGCUUACCGUAUCUUUUCUUGCCAGCACGCUGUUCACCAUCGAUCCAAGAUCAAAGACGAUGCCUCCACACGACUCUGGCAAUGUCGACGUCAUGUUCGUCCCGCCUCUCGAAAGCCCGGAUGUAUUGCGAUUUUACGGGUUUGGAAUGGCCUUGCUUGAGCAUGACCACAGCUUUCACGCCAUUCAAAUGAUUGGCAAGAGCGAUACCGACUUUUUGAUCUUUCCACCUCCAAACAAGGAUAAGCAGAUCACCCUCGACUUUGGCCGCGUGGAGGUAUCGUCGUUAGAGAUCAGCCAAAAGACACUGCUUCUGUGCAAUACCUUCCCAGCAUCAUAUUCCUGGAGCGUCAAGAUGAUCAGCGGAAAGUCCAAGUUCUCGGCCUUUGAAAUCGGAAUGAUCCUCGGGGAGCUCCACGCCUACGAAACAUAUCCGUUGGUAUUCAAAUUCCAUGCCGACUCGUCCGGGACUUUUGAGAGCAUGGCCGAGGUUCACAUAGCCGAAACGCUUGAUCGGCACGCAAAGCCCACGAAAGUAGCAACCGUGCUUCUGCGUGGACAGAUGGUCAACACCUCACUCUUUGGAUGUCCCGAUGUCCUCGAGUUCGGGAGCACCGUUGUCUUUCAGAAGAAGGAGAAAAAGUUCACCAUCACCAACAAUGGAUCAACCGAAACUUUGGUGACAAUCCUCGUCAAGCCCCCGUUCUACGUGGGUAUCAAGUCCUUUCAUCUGACCCCGAAAGCGCAGCAGGAAAUAGCGGUAUCGUACCAACCGACCGAGUCCCGAUCGACUGUGAUCAAGAUGCUGGUAUUCUCAAACCUGAGGCUCUACAUUGUCAAUCUCUCGGGCACGGGUGGAACGGCCCAGUUGAUAUGUGAGAAGUACGAAGACAGGGCCAUAGACUUUGGAUACCAGCGUGAGGGUACGGUGGCUUGGCUCCCGAUAUACGCCACCAACAAAGGGACCCUUCCACUUUCUUUGAAAGCAAUAACAAGCGACAGCCCAGACUUGGUUAAAAUCGAAUUCCUGAACAUCACCUCCACCGUGCCAUACGAGGGGACGACCUCCGGCGCUGGAAUGAUGCACAUCAGGAUUCGCAAAGAUUACUGGAGCAUCCUAAGAAGGAAGUUUCAAGUUUUCAACGCCUUGAAGGACCUACUGAAGGUGGCCAAGGGAGCAAAGAGUCGGUCCGACUAUUGGAGCGAUGGCGAUCGCAAGGAUGAUCUGGGAAUAUCGGUGCAGAUCCACAAAACAGACACAAUCGAUAUCUUGGGCAGCAGCAUCCCCGAAAUCACACCCAUUCUGCGGCCCUUUUAUUCGUAUCAUUUUCUGAUCGGAUACUGUAACAAGUAUCAGACCAAAACGGACACCUUCAUCGAUUUCCACUACAUGCCCGUGACGACCGAGGAAUCGACAAACAAUCUCCCGCUGUUGCUCAAGUCGAUGAGACUGCAUGUGGACGGAAACGCAUAUCGACCACUCGAAUUCUUUCCACCUUUCCAUGAUUUCGGCAUAGUCGCGACGGAAGCAUAUUCGGGCAAAACAGCGAAAGAGCCCGAGUCUGCUCCCUCGUUCCCGUACGGCGUCGUUCGCCAGGAAGACGAGUCAAAAUCACAUACGCUGAUGUUGCAGAUCAUCAACAUGUCGAUGGAGACCCAAAAUCUCUCACUCCAGUAUAUUCAUCCGGAGUUUUCCAUAAGCGGGCGAUCAUGGCACCUUCAGCCCGGAGAAAAGCUUCAUAUUCCUGUUGAUUUCCAUCCUCCAAAGGAGCAGGUUCAAUAUCGGGGCGAAGCUAGGUUCCUCCACAAACAUGGCGUCUCCACCAUCCGACUCGCAGGCACGGGAGCUUCAGCAGAUCUUAUCUGCGAUCGCACUCUCGACUUUGGCAGUCUCAAGAUCGGCACAACCGGAACGCGUGCCCUCAAACUCAGCAAUCGCGGUCUGAUGAUCUGUCGGUUCUGGAUAUAUAUCUGCCAAAGCAACGGCGACUUUAAGCUUCAUGGGAGCGACCCAAGCGAAUACGAAGGCUCGGUGGAAUCUGGCUGCUCCACCACUGUUACGGUUGAGUGCUCAACCCAGUCACCUAUCGAAAAGCCCGCCCAUUUGCGUAUCAAAUGGCUGCGCGUUCCCGGAGGAAUCUGGGAGCAGACCUUGGUCCCGCUGUUUGUCCGCAUCGGCAUACCUAUAUUCAAGAUCCAUAAGUCCGAGCUCGACUUUGGAACGACCUAUAUUAAUGUCAACAAAGUGCUGAGUCUUCUGGUAUCGAAUGACGGAAACGCUGUGUGCAUGUGGAGUUCUCGUUCAGAGAGCGUCAACAUCGAAGCGUUUCCAAGCACAGGUGUGAUCAAUCCUGGAGAAACAUUCAGCAUCCGAGUCAAAUACUCACCGUUGGACUAUCAGCCUCUCUCUACAUCGCUGUCCUUUGAAACGGAUGCCGGGAACAAGGUUGCGAUGUGCUACGGAAUCGUCGGAGUUCCAUAUUUGAUGAUUUCCAAGGAGCUCAUGGCAAUUGAUUUCGGCAUUGCGGCUAUCAACAAAACGCAUACGCGCUCCAUCGAAAUGGAGAACACGGGGAGCAAGCCGAUCGAGUUCGAGGUUUCGAUCUUUGAAAAUACCCAGGAUGGGGUUCCUUCGUACGAUGAGGACUAUGACAUAUUUUUUGCGGAUCCGCCAAGCGGAGUGGUUCAGCCCGGCGAAAAGGCAAAGAUCAUGUUCCAUGGCAUUCCACGAGAGUACGGGGCAAUCAACACCGCAAAGUACAUGAUACGUACGCGGGAUGGGGAGCAGUAUACCGGUAGCAUCUGUAUCACGGGUGGGAAGGCAAUCAUCAAGCUCGCACCUCCAAAAGUAACCGAUGAGACAACCAAGCCGACGACCGCAGAGCAAUCCCGCUCUACCCCUCAAUCGCGGCUUGGGAGCACACCGACAGCGCGGAGCACAACCACUUUCGAAGCCGGGCAGAUGGCCAUGUUCUCCCACAUUGAAAAUUUACAGGAGAUUCUGGCUGGACUGCGUGCUGCCGAGCUCGAUAACGGUCUUGCCGAGUCGAAGAGACAAGGGCGCCCAGAUGGCUCCAGAAUUCAUCAGAGACACGGGACACGGGUAUCGACUUUCAGCCGCGAGUCUGUUGACAGCCGCCAGCCUUUCACACCCACUUCGGCUCACACUUCUACAGCGGCAUCAGGAACUCCGCGCAGAAGACGAGAGGGAUCGGUAGGUUCCGAAGUCGGCGGGAGAGGUACCACGGACGACGAGGCGCUGCGUUUCAUACAAGGAACUCGGGUCUUUGAUGGCUCCGAUUUCAAAGGCAAAGCUACAUCUGAAUCCGGAAAGCAGGUCCGAUUUGGGUAUACCCCCAAAUCGGACGAGGAUGGUCAGGAUGGGGCCAUGUUCGAUGUCCCUAGCACUGCUUCCGAGAGACGUGCGGAUACCUCAAGCACUGCUGCAAGUCGAAUCGAAACUGGCGAUCGCGAGUCUCGAGGCAUCCAAUCUAGACGAUCUUUUGAGCGCAGAUCGAGCCGCUCUCAAAAGAGUACAGCCCCUCAGGCGCUCCCGCAUGAGCUGGAUGAUGAAUCAGCGGCUGUCAAGUACAUGGACGAACUCACAGCAAUAGAGGCUGAGCUGGAAAAGGCUCUCCUCAGCGAAAUCGAUAUGGCCGCUGACCUUCAAGGCGAGAAUGGCCAGGAUAGGCGGUGGAUCGGCGGACUUGGCCGAUAUCGCCCUGCUCAAGAGCGGCGAAGACUCCCGGAUCGAUCGACCAAACCAGAUGUUGCUUCCCGGACUCCUGAGCCCGAUCAAGCUGGAUACAAAGGCGAUUCUAAAACAUCCGGAGCCAGUCCAACCGGACCGUCAAAGGGUAAAGAAGUCAAUGGCGAAGGUGCCGAAGCUGCGAAGGGACGACAGCUGCGUGAGCACGGCGCCAGCGAGGGAGGCUCGGAGGAGCCGCAUGCUGAAGCAGCCCAGCGCAUCGAGCAUACACUCGGGAACUUGAUCAACAUGGCACAGGGUCUGAUGAAUCAGUCGCGCAUGAUCUUGCACGGCUAUACCGAGAAGACCAGCGAGGAGAUUGGGCUGCUCAAGAAAAAAAUCGAUGCUAUCAACAACAGAGUCAUCGAGAGCACAAAGUCAAUCAUGAAGAACGUCCGAGAUCAACUCUCGGGAGAGUGGGUGCCAAAUCGGGAAUUUCUUACAGGCACCUUGCGACGUUUGCAAGCAUCCAACCAUGUGGUCGAGACCCUCACUCAGCUUUCCGUUUCUGCCAAGAAGGACGAUGACGAAGUUGACACAUUCAACCUCGGGCUCUUCAGAAUCGAUCAAAGGAGUGAAGACAUUCUCCUCUUUAACCUCCCUAACACCGGCAACCUCAGCUUUGAUUUUGAACUAGUGCCCAUCCUCAGCCAGACAUGCGUUCCUCCAGGAGUCGAGGGUGACGGAUUUGAAUACUUCCAGAUCACGCCCUCCUCUGGUACGAUCGAUCCUCGAAACUCCAUCAACAUCUCAGCUUCUGUAUUCGCGGCGACUCCCGGGCUUUAUCAGCAAGGAUACGAGCUGCGCUCUGCAGGAGAGGUUGUCCUGUCCUUCUAUCUCAGUGCUCGCAUUGGUGUCCCUCGAAUCGAGCUCGCUCCAGCGAUAUUGGACUUUGGACUAGUGACUCGCCGAAAAACGAGCACACGGACGCUCUUGAUCUCAAACGCCGGUACUUUCCGGGAUAUCUGGCGUAUCGAGCCUAUCAUUGCUGAUGGUGGAUCCCAGGCGAUGUUUUCUGGCACGGCUUCCGGUGCCAAUCGUCUCCCCUUCGAGUGCGCGCAGCAGCGAGGCGAACUCGAGCCUGGAGAUUCCGUGGAGGUCGGCAUUAGCUUCAGUCCAACCAAUGAAGGUCCAUACCAACAAAAGUACCGACUAACGUGGAGUAUGGCUCCGAUAUCGUUCGAGACGAAGGGCAUCGGGGGCGGUGUACGCAUCAAACCCACAUAUGUCGAUCCGGCAGAUAUCCAAUUCGGCGGCCUCGACUGGGGGACUUGUGUCGUCGGUGUUGGAUAUACAAAAAAAAUUGACCUCAAGAACAUUGGAAAUGUCGAUGGCGAGAUCGAAAUCAGGAAUCCGCAUCAAUUCCUACAAAUCGAGGCACCUAAAAACAGCCGUGGUGGAAUAGUGGUUCGAUCGGGGGAGUCUAUUCCUGUGACCCUCACCUAUCGGCCUCUCGAAAGUCUGAACACAAAAGAAGGAAUCAAAAUUGCCCUGCCCGAGAACGACUUUGUAUCGAUUCCUUUCAAGGCCACGGCAGGGGUGUGCUCAUGGAAAAUCGACAACAGACUCAGUCUCGUCAAUAUGUCAAUCAACGAUAUUCAGAAUGGUCGAAUCACGGUCAUUAACGAUGGAGAGCUCGAUAUUCCUCUGGAGGUUCAGAUGUCUCAGCCCAUCUCUCCGAACAUCAGCUUCAUAACCAAAGGCUGGCGAGCCGACAAGAGCUUGAUUGUUGCUGGUCAGGAGAUCACCAUCGAUCUCACGGUAACACCAAAGAAGCCCGAACUUUUCGAUGGCAGCGUGCUGUUGAUGACAAAUCUCGGGAGGGGAACCAUCACCGAAACAAUCCCGUACAAAUUCAGGGCCUAUGCGGAGGCCGUCGCUCUUGACGACGACGACGAUGCUUCAGUCGGAAGAAUCAUGGUUGGCCAAACGGCUUCUGUGAAGCGAACCCUCACCAACUUUGGUAACUCCGAAGUACGCUAUCGUGUCCGAAUAGAGGUAUACACCCCGGAGCAUGCGCUCAAAGGGUCCCUCGAUAGCGUCACCGAAGGCGGAGGCGUGCCCAAGCGACUUGCCAAGAAGGAGGGAAUUCUUGAGCCCGAUAAAACCAUUGACAUCGAAGCCAUAUUUGAAUCGCUUGAUGAAGAUGGUGACGACUGGCACGAAGCCCGACUUGUUGUCGAAAAGUGCGAGGGGAGCGUUUGGGAGGAACUCUCCUCGCUCAAGCUCGUUGGCGCAGGCGGUAAACCAAAACUCGUUCUGGAUACUCAAGCUGUGGACUUUGGACACGUUGGAAUCGGGGCUGAGAAGACCGCGGUGGUUCUGCUCCAAAAUGAGGGCACAGCAAUCCUGGACUAUGAGUUUGUGCCAUUCUGGGACUUUGAUCCCGAUCAAGACAUUGAUUACUCCUCGACAAUCGAGAUACAGACCCAGGUUGACAAACAGACGGUGGCCAUGACAGGGAGAGGUGCGGUAUAUCGAAUAUAUGAGGCGGGAUUGCCAAAUUACAUCGACAUGGGCACGAUAUAUCUUGGAGAGACAAGUGAAAGCUUUAUCAAAGUUAUGAACGACUGUGAGUUCGAAAUCAAUGUUGCGGCGGCGGUGUUCCUGUCCGACCCGAACGAGCAUCCAGACGCAGAAAUCGCAACACAGUUUCGGACCUUCCCCGAGCUGUUUGAUUAUCCCGCGAACCCGCAAGACCCCGGCAACAAUCAGCGCCUGAGCCUCUCGACACGCCUGAGCCUAUGGAUCAGCUGGACUUUUGGAGAAACGCCGAUGGACUCUGGUUCGAUUGUGAGCAUCUAUGUAUUCAAUCCAAACCGAUUCCCUGUCCAAUACGAAGCCACGAUCACAUCGAGUGAAUAUUCGCUCUACCAUCGCAGUGCCUUGGUUGGCUCCCGCCAAUUUAAAGAAUUGACGCUUGAGCUAUGUGCAAUCGGAAGCGAUUUGGAUGACGAAGUUCCAUCAAGCAUUCUGUGUGAAGGUGUUCUCGAACUCCACACCAACAUUCCGGCGAUCGCAACCAUCGAGCUUCCAGUCCGAGGGCUUCUUAUCGACAUCAUCACAGCUCUGGAUUUCUCUGAAGCAAAGGCCAUCCAGUUCGGACCUGUGCUCCUCGGAAACAUCAGUUCCAAUAGCUUUUCCUUUCAAAACCCGCUUCGUCGGCCCUUGAACUGGAAGUUUUUUGUCGAAGAUGCAUAUCGAGAUAUAUUCCUUGUCUCGAGGGACUAUCCCUUUGUCCAGGUGUGUUCCGAAUCGAGUCUCAUUUUCCAGGGCCCCAUAUUCAUCCUCCCCAUGCCGAGCUUUGGAAUUGAGGACGUGCCCAUUGUUCCGAUCCUUAACUCGAUUUUUGGCGAUUACAUCGAAGGCACAGGGGUUGUUGCAGAAAUCAAGCUCGAGAUCAAUAAGCUUCCGUUUGGAGUCGUUGGUAUUGGAAACCCAGAAUUCCGCGUGGUCAACAUCAUCAACCCCACCCCAGUCACAAUAUUACUUUCAUUCCAGCUUACUAACGCAGACUUUUAUAUGGAAUCGUAUGAUCGGGUACCGUUGCCUCCGGAGCAACCGACAGAAAUCAAACUUUACUUUGACCCCAAGGUCACUGGACCAGCAGAGGGUGCCGUGCACAUUUUCCACUUUGACGAAGCACAAGGACGCAAAACUAAACAGCUCGGCACUCUUCUCUUGACUGGGUCCGGGGGCGUUUUUGGGAUGCAAUCCGUGGGCGACGAACCGGGAAAACCCACUGCCGCAAUAGUGAUCAAUUAUCCGAAAAUCCCAGAGUCCGCACGAGCCAAAAAGCAUUUUGAAGUCGAGAAUUGCGGAGAAACUGUCAUCCAUGUUGGCAUUGUGGACAACAGCGGCAAUGAGCUUGCGCGAGACACAGAGAUUCGGUGCGAGAACUUCUCGGUUCUCAUCAGUCCCUCUGUCGCGCUGAUCAAGCCCAAGAGCAAGCACCGCUUUGCUGUUACGGUUCGGGGCAUCCGGGUAGGCGAAGCAACAUGCCAUUUACAGCUGCGAACCAAGACCCUCGCCAAACCAAAAACAAUCCCCAUCGAGAUCACGGCUACGAUUGUCAACGCCUUUGCUAUGAUGAUCGAUAGCAUCAAAGCCUUUUCCCGAGCAGACAACUCCAUCGAAACAACUCUGAACGUGAUGUUGCAAGAGGAAGGGAAAUACGACUCGGAGAUUGAGCUGUGGAAGAUUUUGCUGCCGGUCAUUCGCAUCUCUCCGUUCGCCCCAAGCGACAUGCUGCGCUCCAUUCCUUGUGCACAGCCCAACGUCACCGACGUUGAUAUUCAGCCCUACACUGUUCGCCCACCGGCAAUUCCAAGGGAGUUGCCUCCGCGACAGAAAAAGUGGUACAUGAACCGGGUCUCCAUGGCUCUUGAUCAAGGAAACAAGGACCGCCAAUCGUCACCCUCGGAUCUGGAACGACGACAAGAGGCACUGCGCUUCACCCAGCCCAUUGAGAAAAAAGUGCACCUGACUUUUGAUAAGCGACUUCGUCUCGAGUGA